AUGGCACGCAACAACCCGGAGUCGGAGCAGACAUCGCGACCAACACCCGCCGCGCUGCGCGGUACCGGUGUGCGGCAGCGGGAGACACCGGGGCUCACCCGCCGGAUCGGAGAAGCUUAUGCACUCGUCGCGGACCUGCACAUGGAGAGCGAGACGCGCACCGCAGCUAUAUCCUGCAUGAUGCCCGUCCGAGGCUGA